AGCGCAGAUUAUCCAAUCAAAUUUAGACAUAUUCCUGUCUGCAAGCGUUUAAAUUCGAAACCUAUAAAAAAACCUAAACACUGGUAAAAUACUGAAUUUGAUUGGUUGUGAAUCAGAGUGUAUUAAAUAUUAUUCACUUGGAGAUUAAUCACGUGCUCUAUCGAUAUUUUUAAAGUUUAAGAUCACGUGCGAUUUAAAAACUUGCUCAUUACGGUGGAAGCGUUUAGCGUGUGUUAUAUGAGAUUUUAAAAUUAGUGCAUCGAACGUUAGUUUUUAUGGCAAAAGCAACAUUAGUCUCAUCUUCAAAAUGUUUUGGAGGGUUCCAAAAGGUUUUCCGUCACACAAGCCAGGAAUUAAACUGCGAGAUGAAUUUUUCAAUUUAUAUUCCACCACAAGCAGCCAAUAAAAGGUGCCCUGUUCUUUAUUGGCUAUCUGGUCUCACAUGCACGGAACAAAAUUUUAUAAUAAAAUCUGGUUUUCAGCGUCAUGCUGCUAAGCAUGGAAUAAUUGUAGUGGGCCCAGAUACAAGUCCUCGUGGUUGUGGGAUAGAAGGGGAAGAAGACUCUUGGGAUUUUGGUACAGGAGCUGGAUUUUACGUGGAUGCUACCGAGGAAAAGUGGAAGGUGCAUUACAGAAUGUAUUCCUAUGUUACUAAAGAGCUUCCAGACCUUAUCGAUAAAGAAUUUCCAACAAAUGGAAAAAUAUCGAUAUUUGGCCACAGCAUGGGUGGACAUGGAGCUUUAAUAUGUGCUUUGAAAAAUCCCACUAAAUAUACUAGUGUGUCUGCUUUUGCUCCAGUGAGUAAUCCUACGGAAUGUCCUUGGGGGCAGAAAAUAUUUACUGGGUAUUUAGGGGCAAACCAAGAUACUUGGUCAAAAUAUGAUGCCACCGUAUUAGCCAAAGACUAUAAUGGACCGGAAAUUACCAUACUCAUUGACCAGGGUACCGAGGAUUGUUAUUUGAAAGAGCAGCUGCUUCCUGAGCACUUCGUUAAUGCUUGUAAAGGAACCAAAAUUACAGCGAAACUAAGAAUGCAAGAAGGUUAUGACCAUAGCUUCUAUUUUAUAUCAACAUUUCUUGAAGAUCAUUUUGAUUACCAUGCAAAAUAUUUGCAAUGAAGAUCACUGGAUGUAACAAAAAUAAAAUUCAUUUUUAUAUAUUGUGUUUAA